AUCUUAUUUAGGGUCGACGGGAUUCGCCAUCUGUUUUCAAAUUUCAUUCCUCCAUGAACUUUAUUUUCCCCCGACUUUGGACAAAAUUAUAACCUGAUCGAUCCGCUUUCUGGCCACCACCCGUCUACAUAUAUUUUCCUUGUGCGGUCUCUUCCCAGUGCAGGUCAAUUUUCUGUCUCAAAUCCACAGGAACACGUGCAGAACGCAGCCUGCAGCUGAUUCCAACUUAAAUGCGGUGCGGCUGAUGUGAGGUGGAGGCUCGGGCUCAGCGCCGUCUCUUUUCCUCCCCCCUCUCCCUGCGCUCUCAUCCCUCCCUGCUCCUGGAUCUCUCCCCCUCGCGCUCACCACGCGCACACCUGCCCGUUUCUCUUUUUAGGCUUUGGUGUCCCCGCUCGUGUAAACCACUCAGUACCGGUUUCGGACCGUGGCACUGGAAUCCCCUUAUUUUCCUGACAACUUUUUUGUGUUGCUCCGCGGACAACUUUUCUCUCGCUGUUGCCGCGCGCGCCGUUUCCACUAUCUUUCUCAUCUAAAUUUUUUUCUCACCCCUUCCGGGCGGCAUUCCCUCGCACCGCCGCUGACAGGUGACGCUAUCGUAACAAUGCACCAAUGCACUUAAACGCAGAAGGAAGGAUGCGCCGUCCGCUCAGUUAAAUCGCCCUGAUUACGAUCAGUGCCUCGCGCGCGUCGACAGGAUUCCCAACACUCCGGGAGGGAGCUGCUGGUCAAGUCAAUGAAGGCGCCUCGGUGAAGUGACGCCUUUUUCCAGUGCCACGUCAGCACUUCCCCCUCGCCGCCUCCUUCUCGGGUCGGAACGAGCGUGACGGACUCCAAAUCCCGUCCGAGAGACGUGAUCGGGCUUCGGCCUCAGGUGCAUCUCUGAGGCGGGGCGACGCGGAGGUCCAGGUGUUGUGGAGGCAUGGACUGUAACUGCGUCAGCGAUCUGCUGCUGCCCCCGGUGCCCGCGCUCUGGACGCCAGGGUUCGCCUUCCCCGACUGGGCCUACAAACCGGAGUCGAGCCCCGGGUCCAGACAGAUCCAGCUGUGGCACUUCAUCCUGGAGCUGCUGCAGAAGGAGGAGUACCAGGGGGUGAUCGCCUGGCAGGGCGACUACGGCGAGUUCGUCAUCAAGGACCCGGACGAGGUGGCCCGGCUGUGGGGGAUCAGGAAGUGCAAGCCUCACAUGAACUAUGACAAGCUGAGCAGGGCGCUGAGGUAUUAUUACAACAAGCGCAUUUUACACAAAACCAAAGGGAAGCGCUUCACCUACAAGUUUAACUUCAGUAAGGUGGUGCUGGUGAACUACCCCAUCCUGGACAUGGCCAACUCUCCCUUCUUCCUGGCCCAGAAUCACUUCAAUGGGGGCUCAACCGCACCGGACUGCAGCCCGGAGGCCAUACAGUCCCUGUUUCCCCGCUUGCCUGACUCUGGCCGAGGAGCUUCCCUGUUUGAUCGAGGGACCACUGCGGCGGGGCCCGAAGGAGACAAGCUGAGGCUGGACACAUUUCCUUUCCUCGGUUCAGGCGCCCCGUGCUACUCCAAACCUCCGUCCCUGCUGGGCCCGUACCCUCGCAACCCGCCCUUUGACUACCCCUGGGGCUUCAACCCCUACCUCCCAGGGGCCUUCUCUCUCAAUAACUGCCCCAAACUGCCCCCUGGCUCGCUCUACCCCUCCCAGUUCUACCCGAACCCUCUGCAGAGCAGCCUUUCUCAGCUGCCUCACCCCUUCUCCUCUCUGAUCCCCCCAGGGGACGCGGGUGGUGAGAGGGGUGCGGCCGGGCAAACUGCAGGGACAAACGGCACGGCGGGUGGCCAGCCUAGACUCUGUCUGCCCUCCUACCCAGGGAGUCUGUCCAUGGGUCGCACGGACAUUGGCAACGGGGCGGCGCUGGGGGAGAGGGAGAGGGUGGAGGUCAACCCUCCGGGCUCGGGGCUGGGGCUGGGGCUGGGACCUGUGGGCCUGGGAGCCGUGACUGGGACAGGCCAGCAGAGCCCCACGGAGCGGAGGGGAGGGGUGAAGCAGGACCCCGAGUCCGACUCGGACCUGGAGAUCACGGAUCUGAGCGACUGCAGCUCGGAGAACGAAAACGAGCACGAGUUCAGCAUCGGGAAGGAGUCCCGCCUGGCGAGCCGGUCGCAGGUUGUCCUGGACGGGAAGAAGGGCGGCGCGCUGCCGCCCAUCUCCUCUCUGCCGCCGCCCGCGUCCCCGCAUCCUCUGAAGACCCUGAUGCCCAUCACUCCUCCUCCCCCCUCCCUGCCUCCUUCACUCUCCCCCUCCAUGGCUCUGCAUGAAAGACACAGGGAGACAGAGACUCUCAAAAUGAUACACAGCUAAUACAUUCUCUCCUGCGACCACCAUUUUGCCAGUCUAUGCUCUGACAGCUCUCUUCUUCUCUCCUUUCAGAGACUCUUUUCUUCUUCAGUCGCUCUUGAAAGAUACUUUUUUUUCCCAGGAAAAGCAGUUCUGUUCUUUACUGUAGAGUUUUGUUUCCCUGUUUGCUGUGUACGUCUUUAACUGGGUACAGUUGCCCACCGCCUUGUCCACCCCCGACCCUAUGGCGCGUACAGUUUCAGGCUGCGGGUCCCACCACCCCAUCCCUUCUGUUUUGGUCUCUCACAGCGAAUCGCCACGUGCUUUGUGGAUUUGCUUUGCGCGCUGCCGGCAGCACUCCACAACCUGCUGUCCACCUCCGCUAUGAUAGAAGGCAGCGAGGUGGUAAAUUACAGCACAGCAACACAACUGCCUCGACCAACAUUAACAAACAACAUCCACGCACUAACAGGACAGAACAACAAGUAAUGCUUAGAUUGGUCCAAUUUUACAGAUUUGCCCUGUAAGUCUUGGGAGAGUUGAACUGCAGACUGUCGCUGUGACUCUUGGGUGGUCAAAUACUGCCACCUAGAGGCCGGUUGACUCUGUCUCUAAUGAACCGUCUCCGUCAUCCUGCGCCUGAAAUUGUUGUCUCUAAGGUUAUUUUGCACUUAGUUCUGUAGAUUAUUUUUUCUUGUGGUUUCCUUUAAAUUAUAAAAUCCAUAUUUAUUACAAUAUUUCCUGUAUUUAGUCCUGUGGUUCAAGUAUUUCCUUCACAUUUUUAAAGGACAGAUAAAGAGAGCGAAUGAAGCAAUCUAGAAAUUUGUAUGAUCAUUUCUGUGUAUAUAUUUUAAUAUGGUGUACAUUACGUUUAAUUAUUAUUCACUAUGAUAAGAUUUAGCUGUAUUGUUGUGAUUUAAUUCUGUAUUUAAACAUGUUGGAAAAAUUAUACGCUUAGGUGUAUCAAAGUUUAAAUUAUUAAUGGCAGAAGAUCUGCACUCUGAAGAUGUUUUUCUAUGAUGAGGACAGAGUUCACACUGGGAAUUAUCUCUGAUUUUCUCAGCCCCAGUUAAUUGUGCCCUUUGGUCAUUUUUUUUGCCAGAUACCCAACGUACAAACCCUUUGGGUUGGAAAAUAUGCUGGUAGACUAUUUUUAUAGUUAGCAUUCACCCUGUGUAACUGUUCUGUAAUUAGUCAAAUGUGAAUAAUAUCGGUCUUUGCAUUUUCUUUUUUAAAUCCUACCCCCAAAAUGUGUUUUGAUUAUUUUUCAAUCAAUGCAUUUUGUCCAUGCCAGCAGCAGGGCAAUUCUGUUUGCUUGAGGACAUUAAACACUGGAAAAAAUGAAUAAAUAAAACAGUCUUUGCUUUACCCAGAUCCAAUGACCAACUUCCUUUAUCUGUGCCAGUUUCUCAGCACAGAGUGAACACACAACCAUACUGUACAGCUUCAUAGUCUUUAUGGUUUGUCAAACAGUGGCGGUAUAAUGAUUAGUUGUGAAAGCUCUAUUGUAAAGUUAAUGUAAAGCUCUAUGUUUGUUGAGUUGCUACAGGAAAGGCCUCCAGUCACGUCCAUGUGAAGUACACCCACUAACGGCUGUAAAUACUGUUUCCUUUGUGUGUGUAUGUGUGUGUACACAUCCAAAAAUGACAGUGCAGUGGUUUUACCUGUCAUUGCUCUUUGUUUUACUGUAAAGAGGAAAAAUGGAAAGUACAAAAAAGAAGAAAAAUAUUAAUAUCCCCAAAAGCAAUAAACAUUAUUCUGGAUAGUGGACUGUUGUGGACUGU